UGCGUGUUCGUCGAUUGAGUCAGCACACAAGGUCGCAUGUAGGAGCCAGCUGAGUUGCGUAAGGUCAAUACAGCACCAUAAUCUUGCGAAUUGAACAGCACGUAGACACCUCCGCACGUCUUGGUGACUGAUCUCCGCCGUCGCCAAGGCGAGGCGUAAACUUGGCAUUUAGAGGCAGCGCAGCCCGACAUACUGAGACAGCUUACUGGAGCCGCCUGGCCAGAAAGGGUUCGCAAAGAGAAGCAUAGGUUUAGGAUGAAUGACUCUUUGCGCCUUCGGAGUCGCCCUGGGAAGCAAUAGCAUACUGUCAACGGGCAGGCGACAUCCAUGCGGCUUGCGCGCCGUCUCCCAUCUCAGCCUGCUGGCAGGACUGUCCCGCCAGCACAGCUGUUAGACCCGACAUAGCCGGAAAACAUACAAGGGCUACAAUGUCAUACUACCAGGGCGGACAAUACCAACAACCUCCGCCGCCCAACCAAGGCUACUAUGACCAGUACGGCCAAUACCAGCAGCCAGCGCCUGGGCCGAAUGGGAACUAUAGCGGGCAGUAUGCGGCGCAACCGCAAUAUCCUGGUCAGCACUCGUAUGAUCCUUCUCAAGGAGGAGGUGGCCCCGUUCAACAACCUGGGCACAACGUCUACCAAGACAGCUAUGCCUCACCACAAAAUCCAAGCGUAGGCGUUGGAUAUGGGACCCAACAGCCUUACCAACAACCGUCAUAUAACCCGCAACACUUUGCGCCGCAGCCGCCGCCAAACCAGCAAUCAAUACCACAGUACAACCCAGCUGCCUAUGUGACAGCAGCACCGGCUCCAUAUCCGCAACAAUACACUCCGUCUGCCUACCCAGAGCCACCUUCGGCGGGCAGCAGUGGGCCGCAGUAUGGCUAUGCGCCAGGCAGCUAUUCCGGUAGCACAUUCUCGCCUCAACAGCAGUACCAACCGUCACCACCCCAGCAGCAACAACCAUUUGUACACUACAAUUCUCAACCAUCAGCUCAACCGCUCACUUACCAACCGCAACCUCCGCAGAGACAACAGUCAGUGCCACAGUAUCCAUAUCAGUCUUCUACCAGCAGUCCAGGUUAUCCACCGGAUACCUAUCGACCUCACGCGCAUAGUCUGGGUACCAUUCCCGUGCCGCAGCACAGCCAUUACCAAAUCUCACCUGCAUUGCCGGGAUUGGCGGAUGACCUGACUCUGCCGUCUCCUCCGCACUAUCAGAUGAGCCAUGAUGCGCGGCAAUCACCCUCGCCAUUGUAUCCGACCAACUCGCAUGUCUCGUUACCGUCGCCUCCGUCAAUCACACCCGGACCGACGCCGCCUGCUCACGGUCUGGUUUCAAGAACAAACACGCUCGAUCGACAUCCGCAAUCAAGGCCACUACCAGGCCCACCGGAGCCGGAUGUCGAAUCCGAUUAUUUCACCAAUCAUCUGAGCAAUCGCCGGACGACACCGACUCACGAAGAGGCCGAGGCUUUGGCGCAGGAAGAGCUCUUCAAUGAUCUCGUAAAUACGCUGCUACCUGCUGGCGGUGGGAAUCGUAGGGGACACAGCCCUUCGAUAUCGCUGAGCCGCCCACCGGCAGAGGAUGUACCUCAGCCAACGCCGUUAUUUACUUCUUCUUCGCCGCACACCGCGCGCAACGGUCACUCUUUGAACGGUCACUUGUCGCCUGCGACACAUGAGCAGCAUUACAGCGACGACAGCGAUGCAGAAGCAACGCAGGGGUUGGCAAUGAUACAACAGGCAGAGGAGGAAGAGAGACGGCAAAGCAGCGGCAGCCAACUCCGCUUCUCUAACUAUGGGUCCGUAAGAGAUUCGAGGCAAUCACAGCCUCAACAGUCCGCUGGUACAGCGAGCGACAGCGACGACUAUGGCGGCUACGACGUGAGUGCAUUUACUGGCCCAGAUGUACAAAUGAGCUAUGGUGGGAAUGAUCCGAGUCAGCUCGUCACAACCCACAUACUCAUGCCGGACGUGAACGGCCAGGACUCGUACAGUCAGCCGGUCUCUUCACAGCACAGUAGUAUGCGGCGGAGCCACGCGAGCCAGUCAAGCCAGAUCAGUCGAGGGGAGUACGACUAUCACACGGACAGUAUCCACCCAUUCCCACCGUUCAACCCAGCUGCCCGUGUUGAUGCUGGUGGCACCGGUGGGCUUUCCGAGCCUACAGCACACGGCAGGCGGCAAAGCUAUGAUGAGGGCGAUGAAUAUACGCUUACCGAGGGUCAACUGCCCAUACGCUUUCCGGACGAGCCACCAGACAUCUUCUUCCAGCAAGCUUCGACCACGUACCACGCAGGCCGGCCGUUGCCCGCCGUACCAGGUGAGGAGCCGCUUAUGCCACCUCUACAGACGAACUUGAGAAGUGGGUACGACAGUCAAAGCAGCGGUAACAGUCCGUAUCCGCACGCGCCGGAUGCAUACGGCUACAACGCGCAAGGACAGUAUGUUCCGCGAAGUACCAGUCUGAUCAACCACCAAACAACGCCCCUGGUCUCGCAGCCGCUGCGCUCAAAGACGGACGCUGAGGCAAGGCUUAAGCAGCAGUACAGGACUUCGGUGUACACACCUCUAUACGAGUCCACACCAGCCUCGAGCGUCGUGCCGGACUUGCCAAGCCUAGGGGCAAAGCGCUUCGUGCCUGGGAAGCUCGGUGCGCCAGAUUUCAACAAGUGUACGGAACCUUGGGGUCUGAUGGGAAUGCUUAAGUGGCUGUUGCAGGUCGUGAGCCCGGAACAGUACAGCGAGUUGAAAGAGGCAGACGUGAAGGAGGCGUUGGUUGCAUUGUUCACAAACAAGGUGCCGACUAUGAAUAUUGCUGACGCUGAGGGGUUGAGCAACCACGUCGUAAACAACAUGUACGCCGCAGGCACAUUGGUCCGCACCGAAGAAUGGGUCAAGCUCGUGUCCCGACCGAUGUCCGGCGUUAUCUUUCAACUUACUGGCGCCGGAUGCUACUCCCCUACCUUGCACGAGUUCCUGAUACCCGGACGGUGUUACAGCCACCAUUGUCAGCGGACACUGAAGAAGCUCAACUUGCAGACACAGCCUGUACGGACGAGUGAAAGCUGGGCCGAGUUCUACCAUCUAGGCAAAGAAGAUCUAGAAAACAGAGACCGUAAAGAGCUCGAAAGGCAGAACGUGCUACAUGAGAUCGUAUAUUCAGAAGACAUUUACAUGGAGCAGCUCACCGUUCUGCGAACAUUGUAUCGAGAUACGCUCUUAAACACCGAACCUUCUAUCAUCACGCCGAAGCGAAAAGACAAGUUCAUCAAAGAUGUCUUUGGGCGUGUCGAGGCGAUCAAGCAAGCAAACGAGGAUCACUUACUCCCGCAGCUCAAGUACAGGCAGCAGGAACAGGGUCCAUGGAUUGUUGGCUUUUCGGACAUAUUCCGGCAGUGGAUACGGAAGGCGAAAGCUGCUUAUCUGGAAUACGCUGGAGGGUUUCCGAGUGCCACAUUCUACGUCCGGCAGGAGCUGGAUCGUAAUAUUGACUUUCGUGCUUUUAUCGAACGGGCUGUGAAGGAUCCGCGGUCGAAGCGGCUGGGCUGGGAUACAUAUCUGAAAGCGCCGAUUACGAGGUUGCAAAGGUACACUUUGCUGCUGCAGACUGUGAUGAAGAGCAUGCGCGGUGAGCACCUUGAGGAAGAGAAGCGGAAUCUGCAGGUUGCUUACGACGAGGUGAAGAAUGUCACACUCGAGUGCGAUGCACGCGUCGCGGAGGUGCAACGGAAAGUCGAUCUCGCAGAUCUGAGUGUCAAGCUGGUGCUCAGGCCUGGGAUGCAGCAGGCUGUGGAGCUGAACCUCGAUCACAUAGGCCGACAAUUGAUACAUAAAGGCGACCUGCAGAGAAUGGGCGAUAGCCGCUUUACGUGGCUUGAAAGCCAUGCGCUGCUGUUUGAUCACUACCUCGUCAUUGCGAAGAUCGUAUCUCAGCGAAGCGACCAAGGCGGCAAGGUGGACAAGUACGAUGUCAGCAGGCUGCCGAUACCUAUGGAUCUGUUGAUAUUGGAAAGUACGAACGAUCCUGCCGUGCAGAAGGGCACAUACGUCAAAGGUAUCACUUCGGCGGUCACCGGACGGACAGCCACAUCUGCCGAUCCGAAUGCCUUGACCAGAACGCAGACCAAUCAGUCUCCAGGACCAAACACUCUCCAGCACGUCAAUACCUCUUCCAGCACGAACAGUCUGCAGACCAUGAACAGUUCGGAAGUUAAGGACUCGGACAAGAUCAUGUAUCCGUUCAAGAUCAAGCAUCUGGGUCGCGACAUAUACACACUUUUCGCGCCUAACGAGGCGGCAAGGCGAGAAUGGUGCGUCAAGAUCAUCGAGGCGAAGACGAAGCAUGCAGCGGCGUUGUACGCACAGCAUGCAGAGCCUUUCCGCCUAAAGGUGAUGGCGGACUCGGCGUUCUACACCGAUGCUUUUGCGACGACUGGCGGCGGCAAGACUGUUGUGAUUAAGGGUACCCCAGUUGAUCGUGCGAUUAAGGAGGUUGAAACGCGGUUCAAGGAUACGGGACGGCCUGUUCCGGUCUGUCGAGCAAGAGUCAAUUGUGCGACUGGGUUCACUGUGAUGGGUCCGGCUUCUGCUACUGGUGGUCAGACGCCCCUUAAGCAAAUGCUUGCGGUCGGCACAGAUUUCGGUGUGUACAUUAGCGAGCUCGAGAAUCCUCGAGGGUGGACGAAGGCAAUACCGAUGGUCAAAGUCUCCCAGAUUGCCGUCCUUGAGGAACACAACCUCUUCCUGCUCAUCUCUGACAAGAGCCUGAUCGCUUACCACCUCGACGUCGUGUGUCCCAACGAGCGCAACGGACCGGCACCGUCCAGUGACUCCACCAAGCGAGCUCCUCAGAAGCUUUCCGGCAGCCGGGACGUCGGCUUCUUCCUUGCCGGUCGUAUGAAGGAUCGCACACUCCUAUUUUACAAGAAGCGAGAGAACCUGAACUCGGUGUUCAAGGUGCUGGAACCCGUCUACCAGAAGUCCACGGAAAGACGGCGUGUGGGUGUCGGUAUGCUUCGACGUGGUAACACCGAGUUCUUCCGCGAGUACGACGAGUUCUAUAUUCCGGCCGAGUGCACGGGCAUGAAUCUCUUCCACUCUUCUCUUGCGAUUUGUACAGCGAGAGGCUUCGAGGUGUUAUCCCUCGAACGAAAACAGCCAUUCUCCGUCCCGGACACUAAACAGGAGCAUGUCCAAAACAUCGCGAGCCAUAUCAAGGACCAACGCGCCCUUGGCAUGCUGCGGCUAAGCGACCAGGAGUUCCUCUUGGUCUAUUCUAACUGCGCUGUCUACGUCAACAAGCACGGCGAAGUCAGCAGGAGUGUCAUCAUGGACUUUGUGGGUAACGCGCAGUCUGCCGCGCUGUACGGCGCUUACCUCAUCCUCUUCGACAAUGACUUUGUGGAGAUCCGCAAUGCGCAGAACGGCCGGCUGAAGCAGAUCAUCGCUGGGCGCGAGAUUAAGUGCUUGGACGACGGUGGCUGUUCCGUGGGCCAAGUUGGUGGUGCUACGGCAGCCCAGCAACAACCGGGACAAGCCAAUGGCACGAUUGCUGGUGUUGGUGCAGGUGCAAGGAGUGUGAAGCUCGUGAUGCAGCAUCCGGAGCUGGAGAAGCUGCAGAUGGUCUGUUCGUUGGAGCUCAAUGAGAAUGCGAAGGAGUAGCCUUGACGCAGUUUGCAUGGAUGAUACAUGCGAACGAUCUCUUGUCACGUUUGAGAAGGCACUGGCUUGGCGAUUGGGUGUUGCUUGUUGGCUUGGAUGAUACCACUGCUUUCCGGCAUGAUUGGGGAGCAAAUGGAGUAGGCGUAGGCGCAUCCCAGGUGUCUGACUUGGAUGGACGACGUCAAGACGACCGAUGGGACUUGCUGUUGGUUCUGGGUUCAGAAAGUGUAGGCUCGCCAUAGCUAGCUGUAUGGGCAUGCUUGCCAUCCUACUGUCGAAUUGGUGCUCUGGCACGAAACGUUCUGGCACCCAUAACCUGUUGUAUCUCCGCCAUCUACAAAGCGAUAUUCCUGCGAAAUCACUCUCGAGAACGAGAGAGUGGUGCGGCAAUAUCUGUUGGG